GAAGAAAAACGGCGCACGGACCGUACUCGAGCUUCGGAUCAAUGUCCCCAGAAGCAAGGAGUAUGCCCGCGUGUUCCAACGAGAACACCGAAAAAACCUAAUUCAGCUCCACGAGUCAAGGAUUUGCUGGGAAUUCCGGAUCGAAGAAGAGGCAGAUCAAAAUAUGGUGCGGAAAAACCCAAAUCGAUAUGAAUGGAAGAUGCCUCUUGAACUU